UACCGAUACCACUGUGCCGAUACUAUCGCCCAUCGGCCAUCACUAGGUUGAGCACUAUGAGUACUCUUCAUUGAUUGAAAGAAAAUUGAAAAUUAUUUGAUUGAUUAAUCGUCGUAUAAUCGACUUCAUUUGGGGACUUGAGUUUUGAAAUAUCACAUUCUGAAAUCGCCUAGAACAUUUUUUAAAAAAUUCUGUUCCAAAAUGCAAAGUUAUAAAAAUUUGGAGGAAUUGUUGCGAGAGACGGCUUGCUUGGGGGACGUGGAGAAGGUUGGUGUGUUGGUCCGUGCGAAGGUUGAUGUAAACUCCCGAAAUUCAGUCAAUGGAUGGACUCCACUACACUGGGCUGCCAGGCGAAACCAUAAGGAUGUUGUAACCUAUUUAUUGCAGCAUGGUGCCAAUCCAAGCAUUCGCUCAUUUAAAGAUGAACUUGCAGCUGAUGUAACCCAAAGUGAGGAUAUCAAAUUUCUUUUGUUAAGUGAAGAAGGAAAUGAUACAAAGAAUUGCAGUUCAAAUUAUAAUGCAGUGGAGCUUUCAAACUUGGAAAGUUGCACACCAAAAGAGAAAAUCACUAAAUUUGUCCCAAAUUAUCUCUUAAACCCUGCAUUCCCUUAUUCUGAAAGUCCAAAAGAUUUUGCUACUAGAAUUGGCAUCCAGAAGAUGGGUCUUGCAACACAAGAUUGUGGUUUGCCAAGUUCAGACCAAAUCACAUUCAAUGGUAGCAUGUCACCAUGCAAUGAUGCUGACAAUGUCGAAGUGGUGACCUUGGACAAAAUGUGCACUACAGCUGUGAACAAUUCUGCAUUAGUCCUGAAGUGUCGUAUUGCUGACUCUGAAGAGAGAGAUUUUAUUGAAAUUGAACUGGAUCAAAAGUGCGUAAAGUAUGAAGCAUUGAAAGAAACCUGUGCUGCCGAAUUGAAUGUUGACCUAACAAAGUUGAAAAAGAUUAGAAAGCUGCCCAACACAAUAAUAAGAAAUGAUAAAGAUGUCAAACGGCUAGUUCAGUAUCAGGAAUUAGAGAUAGUUUUACAAUAAAUA